AUGGCGGCGACCACGAAAAGUGGUAUUGACAAAAGUAGGAAAUACGAUCGACAAUUAAGAUUAUGGGGCGAUCAUGGUCAGGCUGCCCUAGAGUCGGCAAGAGUUUGUUUAAUUAACGCAACAGCGACAGGAACUGAGAUUUUGAAGAACCUUAUUCUGCCAGGUAUCGGCUCAUUCACCAUUGUGGAUGGCAAUAAAGUAUCUGGUGAGGAUGUUGGAAACAACUUUUUCUUGUCAAAAGAAAGUUUAGGAAAAUCGAGAGCUCAAGUUGCGACUGAUUUGCUGAGUGAGUUGAAUGAAGAUGUAACUGGAGACUUCGUUGAGGAGAGCCCAGAAAAGCUGCUGGAAACAAACCGUGAUGUGUUCACAUCAUUUUCCAUUGUGGUGGCAACAGAUGUGUGUGAGCGGACAUUACUUCAACUUGGUGACUUGCUAUGGGAAAGAAAUAUCCCUCUGAUAGUGUGUCGUUGUUAUGGCUUCAUUGGUUAUAUGAGACUGGUUGCUAGGGAACACACAGUUGUUGAAUCUCACCCAGACAAUGCCUUUGACGACCUCCGAUUGGCAGACCCGUUUCCAGGCCUCGUUGAGUACUGUGACUCACUAGACCUCAACACCAUGAACAAAAAGGUCUGUAGCUCCUCUGUAUUAUCUGCGCAUGCAUACUUAUUUGGUGACAGGACGGGACGUAUUCUGAGAAAUGAAGAUGGGAUACCAGAGGAUGAAGAGAACUUUGAGGAAGCGGUCAUACAUGUAAAUGCGGCGCUUGUUGCCAUGCCGAUUCCAUCUGAAGUAAAAAUACUGUUUGAUGAUGACAAUUGUUGUAACUUACAUCCCGAGAGUAAGUCAUUUUGGAUCUUGGUGCGAGCAAUCAAAGAGUUUGUGGGAAAAGAAGGUAAAGGUAAGCUUCCUCUACGAGGCACGAUUCCCGACAUGACGUCUGACUCCAUGCGGUACAUCCAGCUCCAGAACGUCUACCGCAGCCAGGCGGCUGAAGACGUGAUCACGGUCACGGGGCACGUGCAGGAACUGCUUCAGGAAAUCGGGCGGGAUGAGCCCCUGAAUUUGCCCACUCGGCACGACUUCACGUCUGUCAAAUCGGUGACAGAAACCAUUACAGAUGGCGACAUUAAGAUGUAUUGUCGUAAUGCUGCAUUUUUGCGGGUGGUUCGAUGUAGAAGUUUACAGGAAGAGUACAACAAUGAAACGGCCAAUGUACAGGAAAUUGGAAUGCAUCUUGAAGAUGAGGAGGGUGAUGACGUGGUGUUCUAUGUGAUGCUGCGAGCGGUGGACAAGUUCUACGAGGAGUUCAACCGUUACCCAGGCUGGUACAAUGACCAGGUGGAAGCCGAUGUGGCUCGCUUAAAGACAUGCGUAGGACGAGUACUACAUGACUGGGGCUUAACACCAACCGUUAAGGAUGACUAUAUACACGAAAUGUGUCGAUACGGCGCGUCGGAACUGCACACAGUGUCGGCCUUCAUGGGUGGAGUGGUAGCACAAGAAGUAAUCAAAAUUAUAACCGGACAGUUUCUUCCUUUCAACAACACGUUUAUUUACAAUGCCAUGAAACAGACUUCUUCAACAGUUUGUUUAUGAUGAUUUUAAAAAGAUUUAUGCUAUUGUUAUUUAUUUUUGUAUCCGGUGUGCUGAUGGAGUGUAAAUCGAUCCUUUGUGAGGAGAUGCUGCUAUACAGGUCACGAAAGAAAGAAGGUCAUACAUAUAUGUCAUGCAGAGGUCGAAAUUGCUGAAAUUCCUGCUACAAAUUCUGCUGGAACGAGAGAAAAGCUGUGGGACCAGACAUGAUAAAAGUAUUAACACAAAAUAAUUGCUGGUCUGACGGGUUGGUAAAUAAAACGAUCUUCUGGCCCAUGGCGAUGUUAACUGGUAAAAACCAGUUGGAACGGCAGUGUUUCAACCACUCAUGGAUCAUACAAGAUUAAAAGUGUCAGUUUGUCAACAUGAACUACAAGCCCUGUGCAUUUUUCUGGUUUAUUUUAUUCUUCACUAAAUAUAAAAUGUGUUGAAUAAUGAAUUGAUUUUAUGAAUUUAGAAUUUAGCUAAAAUAUUCAGAAAACUAAUAAUCAGAUAUGUAACAGGAUGUGGAUAACCAGCUGAUUUCACUAACUAUUGUAACGCUUGCAUAGCUACAUUUUAAUUACACUGUUUAGGAUGGUGUUUAAACAUAACCACCUAAUUUGAGUAAGCAUUUUAUUUCAACCUAUUUCUGUGUUAAGGUUCAAGCAUGCUGUCCUGGGCACACACCUCAGCUAUCUGGGCUGUCUGUCCAGGACAGUGGGUUAGUUGUUAGUUGAUUAGUAGUUAGUUAGAAGAGGGUGUAGUGACCUUACACCUACCCAUUAAGCUCUUAAGAACUCACACUGAGUUGGAGUCGGUACCGGGCUGUGAACCCUGUACCUACCGGCCUGUAGUCCGAUGGCUUAACCACUGUGCCAUUGAGGCUGGUGUCGAGUAAGCAGCCUUUGCUUUGAAACGUAAUAAAACCACUGCACAACCUCCUAGAUUAAACACCUUUCUUACACACCCAUUGUUGAGAACACCAUGUGAAAUUUUUGGCAUCACAUAGCGAUCUCCCACUAAUACGGUAAAGUGGUUGCCUGAAGUGCUUUUGUCGCAAAAUUUAUUGCUUUCAAUGACUUUGGGGUUUUUUUCUGUCCAAAUCAUUGAAGCAUGACUGAUACAUCAUAGAACAUGGUAUGUGCUUUUCUAUAUGUGGGAAAGUGCAUGUAAAAGAUCUCUUGCUGUGGUUUUGGUAGGAGUAGCCUGUGUGGCAUCAUCGGGUUUCCCAUCUCUUUGUCCUUCUCAACGAAGUGUUGAAAUAACCAAACGUUAGACACCAAAUAGCCACAGUUUAAAAUGUGCUGAAGUGUUGUUAAACAAAAUAUUCCUUUCUUUCAAAUAUAUGUUCAAAUGAUAUGUAAAACUUCAAAUACACAUUAUGACAAUAUGUAGGAAUGGAUUACAGUGACUGGUAGAUAGUUUGUCAGUAUGGAGACCGUAAUCUGUAUUUUGGUACGCUUUGUACUGAUUACAUAUCAGGAGUUAUUUCCGUUUGUUCUAGUUUUAUUUUUUAAAUGCCUAGAAAGAUGAAUCAUAUUAUUAUAUUCUCAACAACUUUUUAUUUUAUUAUUAUUAUUCAUAGAAUCUCCAUUACAGAAAGACCUGUCCCCAACCAGGGUGAAAUUAAAGGACAGGCAGUCAACAUGACCGUGACUGAUUACAAAUUUGUGUUCAAUAAAUAAAAUAACCUGAGGGAUAGCUCUAGACUUCAAAUUGUUUUUUUUUAAAUAUUAAUAAUAAUAAUAAAUUAAUAAAUCAAUUAAUUAAUUAAUUAAUUAAUUAAUUAAUUAAUUAAUUAAUUAAUUAAUUACAUAAAUUCUAUAUUAUACAAUGUUUGAAAGCAACUUUUACUGUCAUUAUAAGAUAAUUUUGUUUGGAUGUUGUUUUGUUUGGAAAAUCAGAAAAUAUAACUGACAUGUAGCCUACUAAACUUUGAUGAAAGAAAAAAAAAAAGUAGAUUAACUUGCAGAACAUGCCACAUCAUUGACACCUCACAACAAAAGAAUAUGUCUCUUAUCGUUUCUUUUUUAUCACAUUUAAAGACAAAAUUCCUAAAAUAUCCACUGGCCCAUAAUUACUUUUGUUGAGUAUAGAAUUUGAAUUCAUGUGUAACAUUCUUGAAUAUUGUACACAAACAGAACAUUAUUUACAUUGGUUAACUCUCCUGUGACUAAUUUUCAUAAUUACUAAAGACAGAACCAGUUUGCUUUUUAAUAAUUUUAUGUAAAAUGAUGACAAAAUUUAUUAAUUGUAUCAUCAUAAACCACAGUAAUUAUUUUUGUAAUAUUUCACUGAGAAAGGAAGGAAGGAAAUGUUUUAUUUAACAAUGUACUCAACACAUUUUGAGUGCAUCGUUAAAUGAAACAUUUUCCUGAGAAAGAUAGCAAAAUAUUGGUUGUACCAUGACAAAGUAAUUGUGUUGUUAAUAUUUUAUCCAGAAGGAUGAUAAAAAUCUACUGGUUGUACCAUGAUCAAAGUAAAUAUGUUGUUAACAUUUUAUCCAGAAGGAUGAUAAAAAUCUACUGGUUGUACCAUGAUCAAAGUAAAUAUGUGUUGUAUACAGUGUUUAGUAGGAUGCAGUAACACAAUGUAGUUAAUACAUUAGAGCUAUUAUGAACUUAUUGCAAUGCUGUGCAACCAUGAAUCUAACCAACUGCACCAUUAUGGCUAUCGUUAUUACCUUUGAACAACAAUAAAGUUUUAUUUUUAUUAAAUAAUAUUUUAGGUUUCUUGGGUUUUUUCUUUUUUUUGCAUUGACUUAAAUUUUGUAUUGAAUGUGAAAUCAUGCAGUAUUAAAUGUUGUUUGGUGAUGCAUAUUACUCCAUAGCACUUCGUAAAAGCAUAUUAAUUUAUUACACGGGUCUUUACAAAUAUGUUACAUAUUAAAAAUUUAAUUAAUAAUCAGUGGCAUAUCUAGAGUAUGGCAGGUAUGGCACGUGCCCUGGACACCACUUGAAGUGGGGUGCUACUGAGCAGUUUCUAUUAAAGUCAUACGUUAUCUAAAAGAUGUGUGUCAGAUGUUUGGAUAGGGGCAUAAUUUCAGUGCUUGCCACAGGCAAUAUUUUCCAUAGAUACGCCAUUGUUAAUAUUUUAUCAUAUGAACGGACUAAAAUACAUCCAUUGUAACAAUCUUCAUCGCUGGGCCAGUGCACCACAACUGGUAUAUCUAAGUAUGUGCUAUCCUUUCUGUGGGAGCAUGCAUAUAAAAGAUCUUUGCUACUUAUGGAAAAAUGUAGCAAGUGUCCUCUCUAAGACUUAAUGUCGAAAUUACUAAAUGUUUGACAUCCAAUAGCCUAUGAUUAAUAAAUCAAUGUACUCUAGUGGUGUCGUUAAACAAAAACAAACUUGUUACAUGAUGUACACACAAUUUGUUUUUUGUAGGAAUGGCCUUUAAAAUAUGCUUGGUUUUGGACAUAGCCUUGUCAGUACAGCUCUUGCAUGAGGUGCUUACGGUCAUAGGAUCAAAACUCCUCAGUGGAAGCAUUGGGACAAAUUUAUGAAACCUGUUUUUCUUAAAUGCAGGUGUUUAAGCAUUGUAAGUGUACGUAAUUACACGCAUAAGACAUAAACAGGCUUUGUAAAUUGAGCCCAUUAUGUUUUUUCCCAUCUCAACCAACACUUCAUGACUGGUAUAUCAAAGGCUGUUGUAUCUGUUGUCCUCGGGGGGGGGGGGGGGGGGGGGGGGGAAUGCAUAUUAAAGUAUUCCUAGCUACUAAUGGAAAAGUGUAACCGAUUUCUCCUGAGGAAUACCUAUGCAUUACAAUUACUAAAUAUUUGACAUCCAAUAGCAGGUGAUUAAAUUUAUUGUGCUAUGGUGGUGGUGUUGGAACAAAAAACAAUUUAAAACUUUAAAAAUAUUCUGAGGCCUUGUUAACAAAAACAUUCCUUUCCUUUCCAUUGCUGAAGUGGCAGCUUGUUUAAUAGGUACACAAUCGUGUUUGAAGGAUCUUGCAUCUCGGCAAAUUGGGCCAAAUUUACGAAGCCCGUUUUUCUUAGACAUAGGUAUUUAAGCAUUGUAAAAUUAUGUAGUUACAUGCGUGUGAGACAUAAACUGGCUUUGUAAAUUUUGCCCAUAAUCUUUUCUUCUAUCCUUGUGUUUCUUUUAUUCUGGAAGUGUAUCUUAUGCUAGGGUCAGACUACCAACUGCCAGCAAAACGUUGGCCAAUUUGACGGGUUGCGUUGUAAUUUCCGAAACUUCCGACUUAUAAUGCAUGCACUCAGAUUAACAACUAACUGGUUGUAGAUUUCGUAUAUGACGAAAUCUUGUAAGGACACUCAGACUAGAAAUUGACAGUCGUAGAAGUCGUGAGAGCAGAAAGUUGGCCAACUUUGUGCUGGUAGUUGGUAAUAUCAGCCUAGCAUUACCUUUUAUAGGUUCAGUAGUUUGUGUAUAUUUUUGCUUUGUGUUUGUCAUUGCAGAAUACUUGUUGGUUACAAACUUCCAGAACCAUAAAUACAAUUAAAGAUUGUCAUCACUCAAAAUCAUAAAUGGUUGUCAGAUAAUGAAAUACAUUAUUGAUGUAGUUUUUAUUUGCAUUCUUAUGCCAUAUAAAAGAUUGCCACAAAUGA